GAGAAAGAAAGAGGGAGACUAGUCACCAGCAGUUACUGGCAGUUACUAGUAGGUUCCAUGGUAGUGUGUAUAGUUUACGGCGGACGAAAAGCACCUUUCUCGAUUCCCUCGACCUGCCUGCCUUCCCAGCAGCGACGAUCGAUACGUCGAUCUAGUUAGUGGCUACGUUCUAACUAUGUUUGGCUCGUUCCGGUCGAUGUUUAUGGUCGUCGUUCACGUCGGCUGACAGCUGUCAAUCCUUCAUUCGGGUCGGCGGAGUGAGUCACCGGAUCGGCAGCCGAGGGCCUCCUCUUCAGACGAGUCCUGAACGGUAGCCUAAAAAUCUGAGCGCUAGGCUCCAGUAAACAGGACUGCGGGGACGAUCAUCUCCACAGUGCUGUAUGUGCCGCGAGUGCGGACUCACGAGCGAGAUAUUCCUCCCCGUUGCAGCGACGUCACCGGCAUGGCCUCCAGCUCCGUCAGCCAGGAGGACUUCGACAACGACUUCGAGUUGACGUCCAGGAGGUCCAGGAUCAGAACCGCCAGGGCUCGGGUGGGCCCACCGAGGACAGGAGAUGUGUCUUCCAUAAGCUUUCAAAAGAGCACACCGGACGUGGAGGAGUCGCAGGGCGCUUACGAUGCAAGUUCGAAUCCCGUGCUUCCGCCCGAGCACGAAAACCUGCAGAGCAAGCCGAUCAUCAGGAAGCAGGACAAACGCGUGACCGGCCGUGUCUUUAGUGUCGUAUCCUGUUUGCACAGGCCAACGCAUAUAAACAAGGGGAAGCAGCAACGUGAUCGACGGAAACUACGAGAAAAACGGCGUAGCACAGGGGUCGUGCAUUUACCGUCGACAGAGAGCACUGGUGGUAGUACGGGCGAGGACGAGGAAGAACUUAGCGGCACUUGCCUCGAAACUAAGCACAACACGCAUCACAAUGAAUUUCUUGAUCACGAAUUGAUCGAAGAACGGACCGCCCGAAUGUACACGCAGAGGCGAAACAAAAGUCACUCGGAUCUGGAGGCCGACGACGAGGAGUUCGAUUCCCUCAACCAAUCCGACAGCAUCAAUCAAUCGGACCACGGUAACCACGAGCCGCAGGCACCCGUCAACGCGACUGGCAGGCCGAGAUUGCCGACACCAACAGGCGACAAUCCGCACGAGCUGAUCGAGCGGGCGCAGGAGGAGAACAGGAGGCUGCUGUCCCUCCUGGAGGAUCGGGACCACAAAAUAAUGGCGUUGGAGGCGCGUCUGCUGAAGCAACAACACGAGAUGGCCGUGGAGCGCGAGCGGCUCCGUGAGGAGAACGCCACGUUGAUUCGCGCGAUGGCCGCCCUAGCCAGCAAUUGAAUUCCUUCGCCCGUCGCGAAAGAUCACAUAAGCCCUAUCGAUUCUGCGCUCCGUACGAUAAUCGCCGAGCAGCUACCAGGAUGAACCAUAAGUCGCGCAUCGCGUCUAUUCUUUUCUCUUAUCUCGUCUAGCCCGCUAUAAUUCUUUUCUUUUUUCGAUUGUUUUGCGCUCGUCGGAGUGAUCGUCACGCAGCUCGCGCGGCUCGCAGAGCAAACGACUGAAAAUCACGCGUGUUGAUUAUACCUUUAAUUAUUGUUGUUGAUAUUAUUGCGCUCUACGAUGUAUUUCUCCGCGUAUACGGAACGCGAGACGAUCUCGCGUUUUCUCUCUCUUUCUCUCUUUCUCUCUCUCAUUCGAAAGUUCGCAAAAAGUUGCGAGGUUGCGGAGGUAAAUCCGGAUCUGCGAUAGGUGUAGUAAGCAUUUAACACGUUCACUGCUCGCUAAAUUUUCGAAGGUCCUCCAUGGUACUAAAGUGAGAUUUUUGCAAGUGUAAAUAACUGGUCAGCAUUACAGAAAUUUAUAUAUGUCUUUA